CUAAACUUCAGUAGCUCCAGUAGCAACAGUUCAACAGUCAACAUGGCAAUGAAGUCUCUGAUCCUGGUCUCUGCUUUCCUGGGCAUUGCCUUCGCAGUCGACUACUGUGCUCUGCCCACCUGCCUGGACAAGCACAUUGCCUGCAACAACAAGGGGAUAUUCAGUGAAAACUGCCCCAAGGAUGUGCGAGAAGUGAAAACUGCGCCCCACCAAAAGCUGAUCCUGAGCCUGUUUAACGAAUUGAGGAACAACGUUGCCGGUGGUAGAAUCGAAGGACUUCCCAAGGCCGUACGCAUGGCUAAAAUGGCCUGGUGCGAGGAGCUGUCUCAUCUGGCCCUCCUCAAUGCGAAGACCUGUGAAUCCCUUCCAGACAAGUGCCGCAGCACUGAGAGAUUCGCUUACGCCGGACAAAACAAUGCCAUCUUCAGCUACAGCGGCGCUGAGACCGAGUACACGGAUGCGGAAAUCAUCAAGGAGCAGAUCGAGAACUGGUUCGCCGAGCGCUCCAACGCCUCCCCCGAUAUCCUCGCCAGUUUCCCCGAGGAGCUGCCCAAUAAGAACGUGGCCAAGUUCACCAUUGCCGUGGCCGAAAAGAACACUCACGUGGGAUGCUCUGCCGUGCGUUUCUCCAAGGACUUCUAUAACCACUUUAUCCUCACCUGCAACUUCGCCACCUCGAACAUCGUGGGUCAGCCCGUGUACAACCCCGGAGAUAAGGCCACCUCCGGCUGCAAGAACCGCUACGGAGCCGCCUUCGACUACCCCAACCUGUGCUACGCCAAGGAGAUCUACGACAACGAGAAGAUCAUUCCAGCUGCCGUUGUCUUUUAAACAAAAAACCCUUUCAUGAGUUACCCUUCAAGUCACUUAAUGAUACUUGAAGUCGAUUUUAAUGAGUAUUUAUAUAAUACUUGUUUAUUUAAUAAUAAAAUGCGUCUGAGGAAGUGAGAUUCCAAAUGAAAA